AUGCCCCUGGGCCAAUGGAGGGAGGGCUCAGGUGGGCGCUGGUUGUCAGACUGGGCUGCCAACGCCUUUGCUGCUGUGUGGAUUGCUGAUGUGGGCUCUGAGAACCCAGCCCAGGUCAAGCAGCAUCUCCAAUGUGGUUUGUCUGGAGAGGGGCCGGGCCUGGCGGUGCUGGGUGUGGGGCUGGCAGCUGUUGAGAUAAAGCAGGCCGUGUGUCCCAGCUCCACCAUGGCAUCACCUUUGUUCUUGUCACGGGGAGCCCUGCCCCGCUUGGCUUACCAUAGGCUGGCUGGUCACAGCCCCGGCAUUGUCUUCCUCUUGGGGUUCAACGACACCAGGGCAAACCCCAAGUGCCUGGCCUUGGAGCAGUUCUGCCAGGAGUCGGGACGGGCUUUCCUGAGCUUUGACUACACGGGCUGCGGCUGCUCAGACGGGUGUUUUGAGGACUGUUUGAUUGGCCAUUGGAAAAAUGAUGUUUUAACAGUGCUGGAUGAACUCACCAGCGGGCCGCAGAUCCUCGUUGGUGUCAGCAUGGGAGGCUGGCUCAUGCUCUUAGCAGCCCUGGAGCGGCCAGGGAGGGUGGCUGGGCUGGUGGCCACAGCAAUCGCGGCUGAUGCCUUCAUAACGCUGUACAGACAGCUCCCUCCGGAGGCUGCUGCUGCUGAUCUGUCUGGAGUCUCUCUCCUCCCUCCUGGGUUGGAACCAGAAAGGGGCUUGCCAUCCUGCUCGUGGGAUUAG